AGAUUACUCAAUCUUAAACUGUAAUUAUUUCAAUUCACAUAAAUUUCAAAAUCGAUUUCUACAUAGCUGUAUUUUACUAUUUAAAUUUUUGCAAUUAUUUCAAUUCACAUAAAUUUCAAAAUCAAUUUCUACAUAGCUGUAUUUUACUAUGUACAUUUUUGCAUGGAUCAUUAUAUAUGUAUCAUUUGAACCCAUAAUUUUAUUUAGUUUCAAUGUAGAAUAAUUGUUUAUAUUUACCAUUAAAGUAAGCCCAAUUGUUCUAUGUACGAGUUUGAGACCAACGUCGUUUACCCGCAUGUAGAAUUAACAAUUUUGCACUAAAGAAAAUCAAUCCUUGACCUAGACCGAGAUCACUACGAUGUGGUUAUUAACAAUUGUUCUUUCGUGUAUACUUUUAGUACUUGGUUCUGGCAUAUGAUAUAUAUUGAUUGAAUUUUGAAUUUUUGAGCAUUGAUUAAAUGCAGUUAAUAACUGCAAACAUGUAAUAAGAUGUCUUAUGAUUUCGUUUUCUUUUUUAUCAUUAACUUGGGAAUAUUACGGAUUAACGAAAGGGUCAAGACUAAUUUUCAAAUGGAGAUACAGUCUACAGAUGAACACUCUUUCUAAAUAUUCAAAUGGGAUUUAAUCAAUGGAUCCAUAUCUGCAUAACUACAUGUAGAAUUAACAAUUUUGCCGUGAAGAAGAAUUGUUCCAUGGUCUAGACCAAUAGGAUAACUUCUCGGGCAGUGGAAACCAUAAACUACCACAACGUGGUUCAUUAUAGAUUUUGUUUUGAUGCAUAUACCUAAAAUCUAAUUCUGUUUGUAUUUUAUUAGAGAAAAAGUGAAGUGAAGCAAAGAUAAUGUAAGGAAAGAGACGAGGGAGAAUAAAGUAAGAUUGGAAAUGUGAACCCAUUUGGAGUUGGCAGUGAGUGAGAUGGAACAUCACAUGCACUGAUGCUCUCUUUUGUCCCUUUCCUCCUGGAGCUUUCAUUUCUCGAAACCCUUCUUCUCAUUUGUUUCCUUGUCACUCUAAUCUUACCCCACUUAUUUAAUUCUUAAAGGUUCUGUAUUUUAUUUUCUCAUGCUAUUCAUGACUUAGUAAUGAUGUGAUAAUUUGAUCUACUACGCUUAAAGUCUCAAUUGUGGCAAUUAUGUUUGGACAUAGUGGCAAUUUCAGAAAAUUCUGCAUGAUUGUUUCCAUUAAUAUCGUAGUCACCCAAACCGACGUGAAUUAAUAUGUAUGAAAAAAACUUGUAUGAUAUCUCCCUUUGAGUGUGGAAACUUACACAUUUUGAUUUUUUUAAACUAUAUUUAUCUCUAUAUGUUCUCCAACGUUUUUUUUAAUGUUAAGUAUAUCUUCUCCAACUUACAUAUUGUUAUAUCAUUGAAUGUAUCAAUUAUCUCUAACAUUCUCCACCUUACUAAAAUAUUAUAAGCAGUCUAUUGAAUUAUUACUAACAUGUCAAAAGGUGCAACUAGUACUAUUAUAGGGGGAGAGUAUCAUAUAAUAUUCAAACCGACGCGUAUAAACUAAAGUGAGUUUGGAUGAUAUAUGCGUAUAUAAUAUGGUUGUUGGAAUGUGCAUAAAAUUAUACUAAUAAAGAAGAGUUGGAAGUGGGAUUACUAAGGUGAUGUGGGUCUAGGGAUUCACUCCAAUUCCACAUUAUGCAAAGGAAUGUCACUUACCGUGAUAUGUGCUGUUCCUCGAUCUCUCUGAAAGAUUCACCUGUUACAUUCUCCUUUAUUGUCUCUAUCUUUUUCUUCUUGCAUUUUCAAUAUAUAUACUUUAAUUUUAUGUAAGUUAAUCGAUUAGAAGUCUAGAUUGUCUAGUUGACCCGUCUUGUUUAGAUAAAAUUAGGGCUUGGCACAAGACAACAUUUCCAUAAACAGUAAAUAUAUACCAUUUGCUUUGGUUCGUGCAAAUAUUUAAGGAAAACAUGGUCAAAUAUUUGUUCUUUUUUCAACUAUUUUUUCAUGCUUUUAUACCAUACCUUUUUUUAAUACCAUACUUGAGAUUCAAUUCUCAGAAGAUGCACAUUUUUCAAAUUAUACGUUGAACAAUUUAUCAAAAAAUUUUAAAGUCUUACUAGUAGAUUUUUCAUUGUGGUCGUGUGCUACCAGAAAAAUUUAUUCGUCGAAAAUGUCAUACAUACAAAAUUUCUGUCAGUCCAAGUGUUACAAAGAACUAUGUCUUGAAAUUGUUAUUGGUGAUAUUGUUCAUCAAUAAAUUAUUUUUUUGCAUGUAGUUAAUAAUCAUAUGUAAUAGAAAUAUAAAUUAUAUGAUGAUAUAAUUGACAAUUCGAUCAGUGUUAAAAGUUAUAUUUUAUUAAAUUGAUGCACACACCGUUUUCACAACACUAUUCAUAUUUUAAUUGCAUAAAUAUAUCUUUAAUGGUAUAUAACGGUAAUUUAUAAAUAAUUGUACAACUUUUUAUUAUUUGUACUAGUUUAACCAGUUUAAUAUGUAUAUAGCAUACUAGUUAGGAUAAUUAUAAUUUCAGUUGUAUUUUGGUUUAUAUAAGCCAAACUAUUUAUAUUUGAUUUUAUUAGCUAUAAUAUGUAGUUGUGGUUAUAUUUGAUUGUACUUGUCAAACUAACUUUUAUUUGAUUAUAUUUGUUGUAUUCAGUUUUUUUGGGUUUCAUUGUUGUGUUCAGUUGUACUCGAUUAUAUCAGUUUUCUUUGAUUCAUUGCAUUGCAUAUAUGGGGUUACCAUCGUCUAGCUUUUCACAAUUUUGCAUAAUUAUUUGAUGUGAUAUUCGCCUAUAAAAAAUAAGUACAAAAAGAUGAGAAGAGAUGAAAACAACAAAUAAAGGACGAAAGAAAAAUACUGAUACAGUUGAUCCAACGUCUAAAUUUAAUAAGAUUUUCAUUCGCGAUUUAUAAGUGCAUAACUAUAUUAUUUACAAAAUUUAAUUUAAAAAUAAAAUUUUUAUUUUUAUUUGUAUAUCAUUAUGAUUAAAGUGAUAAAAAUAUUCAUAAUCUAAACUUAUAAAGUUUAAAAUUGGAAUACGCUUAGUUAGUUUGGAUAUUACAUUUAUAUUAAUUAGUUUUCAAAACUAAAUAAAAUUAUUUUUGCACCUAUUUUAUAAUGUUAAUAUUAUAGAAUUAUUUUUUUCGUUUUAAAAAAUAAAACUGAAAUAAGAUUUGUGAUAUUUUUAAUAGUAACUAAGAAUUUAAAUAGUUAUUUAAAUAAUAACAAUUUAAAGGUUUUCUAAAAUUUUGUUAUAGUAAACAAGAAAAUAAAUAAUUAUUCAAAAUAUCAUUUAAUCAUAAAAUGAUAUCAUGUGUAAUGACAUAUUGUAUUGGAAUUUUUAAUUUGUAAAAUAAUAACCAAAUGAUCUAUAAUGAAAUCUCUAGUCAGGAAUUCCAUGGCGAUGAAACGGGAGAUCUAGGGUUCUAUGAUUUUGCGAAGAUGGGAGCCGGGGAUUGGAGUAGGAGUUUGGUUCGGUUUGUUCGGGCAUGAUCAAGAUCUAGAUAUGGCAUAUCAUGACGGUAUCUCGGGUCGAUUGAGAAUCGACUUAGGUUUCAGAAAGGGGAUCUGCGGAAUUUUAAGGAAAGUAAAGAUUUGGAUCGAGGGACAAUGGAUCUCGAUUAUCAUUACGAUGGAGUCAUCAGUCAACACAGGGUGGAUAAUGGAUGCAGAGUAACUUGUUGAGCCACGGUGAGGAGCAGAAGAACGGUGAGGGUAAGCGUAAGAGAUUGAAAAUCUCCUUGGCGCAUUUUGACAACUCUGCUCUCAUCAGGACCUAUUCCAAAACCCUGAUUGGAAGGUGUAUGAACCCCGUGGAGCAACAGAUGAGUGCAUUGUUCACAAAUCUACCAAAGAUUUGGAAAUUGGAGGAAAGGGUUACGGGCAGUGACUUGGGCUUUGGCAAGUUCCAGUUCGACUUCAAGACGGAGGAGGAACUUGAAGCGGUGUUGAGGCAGCAGCCUUUUCAUUUUGACUACUGGAUGCUGGCAUUGGCGAGGUGGCAACCAAAGCAACUCAAGGAUUUUCCUUCAGAGAUCCCAUUUUGGAUCAGAGUUGUUGGUCUCCCGCUUGAAUUUAGGACCGUUCCUACAUUAGAGAGCAUUGGUGGAGCUUUGGGGAGAGUGUUGGAUGUAGAUGUGACCCAAAACCGAGUUCAAGUUGUGGUCGACGCUUUCAAAGAACUAUGCUUUGAAACGACUAUAGAUUUCAAAGGUGGAGAAUUUUACGAGGAGGAGGAAGUGGCAGUAUCUCUGCGCUACGAGAAGCUCUUCGGUUUUUGCGAACUCUGUGGGAGUCUAUGUCACAAGGAGGAGCUAUGUCCUCUUGAUGAGAAGAACACAAAGGCGGGCUCAGAAAGAAGGAGGGAGAACAGAGAAGGGAAUGGGGGAUGGACUGAUGGUGCAAAACAUGAGGAGCGAGCUCGUAGCUACAAGGGUGUGGUCAUUAAUGGUAACAAGGGCCAACAGAACAGAGACAGAGACCGUAGGGAGUUUCAUGGGAAGGGUAAGGGUAAAAUGAUGGAGGCACCAGACUCUAAGUGGGUUAAGGUUCCAGAGCGAGGCAACAGGGGACCUUCUCAUCAUUAUGGAAACCACAGAGGUAACGGGGAGGGUUCAAGGGUCAAAACUACAUAUAGAGAAGAUGUUUCAGUGGUGGGCUCUGGAGCUCAAGUGAUGACGUCUAGGACAUAUCCAACGCAACCAAGAGAGGACCAGGGGCAGCAAACUGUACCUCAGGUAACAAGUGAAGAGGGCGAGAUUACGCGAAAUGGGGAUGCUACUGCAGCUCUACCGUCUGUAGAGUUUCAAAUGGAACUAUCUAAGACGCAGGCGGAAGGGUCGGAGGUGGUAGCGGAGGCUAGGGAGGAGGAGAGGGGUCUACUUACAGUGCAAGGAAUGAGGGAGCAACAAGAUGAUACGUUUGAAGAUAUUGAGAUGGAACUGGAUGCUAUUAAUGUAGCUAUGUUGGAGAGUGGCAUCGACUUGGAGACAGAGGAAGAGUUUCAAACUCUUUCUGAAGAGGAGCUUGAGCAAGCUUCUGAGGCUCAGGCAGAGAAUGUUCUCAUUCAGGAUGAGGAACAACCGGUGGCUGGUGAUGCGUACAUCACUAAGGAGUUGGGGACAGGGGAAUUGGCGACGAGACAGAGUCACCGUAAGAGGUUAUUCAAGGCCAACAGCAGCAUUGCGGGUAGUUCUAAAAUGAGAAUGGCGUCGGCGCUUCUCUCACCAAGGAAGAAAGGUGUAGCUAAGGUUGGGACUCGUCAUGGAGACAAUACCAAACCACCGGAGAACAAGGGACCUUCAAUCCCGAAGCCGGUUAACUUAAAAUUUUAAGUUUAUGGAUCAAACCUCAUUUAUAAUGAGAGUACGAAUAAAGGAUUUGGUUUAUGGGGGUGGUGCUUUUAUUAUUUCAACAAAUUUCCUUUUACUUGAAGUUUUAUUUGGUUUCAUGGGUCUGGGGGUAGUAAUCAUUGUCAUGCUCCUUUUGUUUUUUAUUAAGAAGUGGAAUAAGAUUGGUCUUUUGUGUU